GAGAUCAAGCGCACAGCAACUGAGCUGAUGCAAGUUAGCCAGAAGGAAGGGGAGUCCCUGAGGGAUUACAUGCAGCGGUUCAACAAAGCCACAUUGGACAUUGAUAAUGUCCCAGACACAAUCUGCCUGUCAGCCUUGUUGCAUGGGUUGAAGCGUGGCCGGUUCCUAGACGACUUGCUUGAAAACCCACCGAAGACGUGGAAUGAGGUGAAUGACAGGUCGGCCAGCUUCAUACUGUCAGAGGACUUUCAGUCGUCCAAGCGACGAGCUGAUGAUAAGCCGAACAGAGGCCAAGAACAACAACCAAGAAGAGAAGAAAAGAAGAAGCAGAAGGUCGGUGAACAAUGGGGGAAACUAGCUGAGUUCCCAAAAUAUGCCAGUUACAUUCCUUUGACCUUACCCAGGUCUCAAAUCCUGGCACAAAUUCAGCACUGGGUUCGGAGACCUCCACCCCCACUACAUGAUUCCCCGAGGGCAGAUAAGAGCAAGCAUUGUGACUACCAUCGUGUAUAUGGUCACAAUACCGAGGAUUGCCAACACUUGAAGGACGAGCUAGAGUUUUUGGCUCGUAACGGGAAGCUAGAAGGGUAUGUUCAGAAGCCUCACACCCAGCAACCCACUCAAACCCAUUUUGUGCAGGCGUAUGACCGACCUCAAGGACAGAGGUACCAGCAUGGAGGGACGCAGGAUGCGUAUCUGGAUAACCAGUAUCCUUCUGAACAGAGCAGAGCGUAUCGAGGACGUCCUUUCAACAGGAGAGGGCAGGGACCGAGGACUACUGCCCCGAAUCAAAAAGACAGAAAAGGGGUAGGUUAUGCUGGGAUACCCCCACCUUCUGGUACAAUAAACAUGAUAUCGGGUGGUGUUCACUCUGGGGGCCAAAGCGCCCGAGCUCGCAAGGCAUAUGCCCGACAGGUGAUGACCGUCAACAAAAACAGACCCUUGAAACGACCGUUUGAGGAAGCAGAAUGGGAAAAUAUGCCCAUCACAUUUAGCCUGGCGGAUUACAAGCGAGCAGAAGGAGAGUCUGACAUUAUGAUGCCCCAUGCAGAUCCCUUUGUGACAACAGUUCAUAUAAGCAAUCAUAAUGUCAAUAAGGUGUUUAUUGACACUGGCAGUUCGCCAGAUAUCCUGUAUUGGGGUUGUUUCCAGAAGAUGCAGCUAAAUCCGAGCUCGCUGCAAAAGCAUGAAGGACCAAUUUACGGAUUUGAUAAUCAGCCCGUCCCUGUGGAGGGAGUUAUUACUCUCCCUAUAUAUGUAGGCUCAGAAUCGCGCUUCAGGAUGGCUUCGGUCACCUUCCUGGUCGUUAAGAUGGAAUCAGCCUUCAAUGCUAUACUAGGAAGAGCCACCCUGUGCGAGCUGAAGGCUGUUAUCUCACAGCCCCACCUCUGUAUGAAGUUCCCAACUCCGCAGGGGGUGGGAGUGCUGAAGGGGAACCAGAAGAUGGCCAGGGCAUGUUAUCAGGAUACGUUUAAGAAGGUUGAGCUCGCUGCAGCCCCUGGAGGACCUGAAAGUAGUAGGCCGACUCAGCCCGGCCGGCAGACAAUGAGCAUAUCAGACAUUGAGCAUCGACCUGAGAGCGUCGAGCAGAAGGCAGAGCCAGGCGCCGAGCAGAACUACCCACUAGCGGAAAAGGCUGUUUUUGCCCUUGUUUACACAGCUCGCAAGUUGAGAGCCUACUUCCAAUCACACCAGAUUGUUGUUUAUACUGAUUUCCCGCUAAGGAAAAUACUGCAGAAGCCAGAGCUCUCUGGUCGGCUCAUCGGAUGGAGUGUCGAACUGAGUGAAUACGACCUUAAGUUUCAGCCGCGCACUACUAUAAAAGGCCAAGCUAUGGCAGACUUCCUAGUUGAAUGUGCUCCGGUGGCUGUGAAAGAAAAGGCACUUGAACACCCACUUUGGGUUUUGUAUGUGGAUGGAGCUUCUAAUGUCGAAGGAUCUGGUGCUGGGGCUGUAUUACUGGGCCCUGAUAGAUUCAAGUCUGAACACGCGCUGAGGUUUAAGUUUCAGACGACCAAUAAUGCUGCAGAAUAUGAAGCCCUCAUAUAUGGAUUGAAGUUGGCGGCUGAGCUGAAGGUACAAAGCAUUCAGGUUUUCAGCGACUCUCAGCUCGUCGUCCGCCAGGUGAACGGCAGUUGCGACAUCAGGGAUCCCCAGCUCGGUCGUUACGCCUCUGUGGUCAACAGAUUGAAGUCCAGGUUCGCUUCAUUUCAGAUCGACAAAAUACCGCGGGCAGAUAACCAGCGAGCUGACGAGUUGUCAAAGUUGGCUUCCUCGCAGGACAUUAACCCUCAAAGAUCAACAAUCGUCGAGGUGCUUGACGCACCGAGCUACACUGAUUUCAUAGUCGAGUGCCAAUUGUUGAGUACAGACCCCUCUACACCGAGCUGGACCACCCCGCUUAUGAAUUAUCUACAAAGUGGCGAGCUACCCGAAGACCAGUCCGCUGCAAAGGUGAUUAAACGCAGGGCGGCACAUUUCACGGUGUUAGAUAACCAGCUCUACAAGCGAGCAGCCUCAAUGCCCCUAUUACGCUGCCUUACUCCUUACGAGGCUGAAUACGCCGUGAGAGAAAUUCACGAGGGAGUAUGUGGCACGCACAUCGACGGCAGAACUUUGGCUCGGAAACUACUGAGGCAUGGUUAUUACUGGCCCACUAUGGUCGAAGACGCACAGGACUAUGUCAAAAAGUGCCCGACCUGCCAGUUUAAUGCUGAUGAUAUCCACAUGCUAGGUAUCCGAGCUCGUUCCACAGUUUAUUCUAACCCAGUGACUGCCUAUGAACUGAGCAUAAGUACCUUCUUUAAAACAGGGGAAAUGCUAUCAUCUCUUACGUCUCCUCGGCCUUUUGCUCAAUGGGGUGUCGACCUGCUCGGCCCCUUCGUCAAAGGCAAAGGAGGCUGCACUUUCCUGGUCGUUGCGGUGGAUUACUUCACCAAGUGGAUAGAAGCUAAGCCAUUAUCCACGACAACAGAAAGGAAAAUCGAAGAAUUCUUGUUCAAUUCCAUAUUGUGCAGGUUCGGCAUACCUAAGCGGAUUAUCGCCGAUAAUGGGCCACAGUUCCGAGCUGCAGCAUUGAGAUCGUUUUGUAACGAUUAUGGCAUCGAGCUCACAUUGACAUCCGUGUAUACUCCACAGUCAAACGGGCAAGCCGAGUCCGCCAAUAAAAUCGUCUUGCGUGGCCUCAAGACACGCGUUUUGGCUGCGCAUUCUAAUUGGGUUGACGAGCUCAACAAAGUGCUUUGGUCUUGUCGCACCACACCAAGCUCGGCCACGGGCGAAACCCCCUUCAGCUUGGCCUAUGGAGCUGAAGCCGUCAUCCCAGUAGAGGUUGGAUUGCCGUCCGAUCGAGCAGGUCGGCAUGACGAUCUCAACAAUGAGCGACUUUUGAGAGAAAACCUGGACUUCAUAGAAGAGGUCAGGGAGAUGUCUAGAAUAAGAAACGUGGCACAUCAAAACCGCGUUGCAAAAUUUUACAAUAAAAGGGUUCGAGCUCGCCAGUUUCAAGUUGGCGAUCUGGUUCUACGCAAGGCUGGGUUAACUAACACUCAGUCACACAUGGGUAAGCUCGCUCCUAAUUGGGAAGGUCCCUAUAUGGUGGUUCGGGUUAAGCGACCUGGCUCUUACAUGUUAGCAGAUAUACACGGGCAUCAGUUACCUUACCUUUGGAAUGUACAGAACCUUAAGAAGUUUUACAGUUAAUGUGUGUUAUGAUAUUUCGUUUGAGGUACUAUCCAUCAGUUGUAAACAAACAGUAUACCGAAAA